GAGAAAUUUCACCGACGUCGACAACUUGUAAAUCCAACCACCACCGCCAACUCCACAAUCAGCCAUCGCAAUCAUGUCUGAAGGAGAAAUCGAAGUCGAGGCCGUCUCCGGCUACCAAGUGCUCCCAAAGGAAGUCACUGAGGAGAUUGGAAGCAUCAAGGUACAACUCAAUUGAAAUGUUUCGAUGCAUGGGAAAAUUCAGCUGACAAUCUGCAGCUUUUCAACAAAUGGAGCUACGAGGAUGUUGAGAUCCGCGACAUCUCUUUGACGUAAGAAUACCCAAUGCGAAAGAUCUUGAGGAAGGAUGGAUGGGCGGAGGUGGAAACACUCGACAACAAUUUUGGAUGGAUGGAAUUACAAGAAGAGGGAAAGCUAAUGCGAUAUCUUUUCAACAGCGAUUACAUUCAAAUCAGAGCACCAGUCUACAUCUCCCACUCCGCCGGUCGUUAUGCGCAAAAGAGAUUCAGAAAGGCCAACUGCCCAAUCAUUGAGCGUCUUACCAACUCCUUGAUGAUGAACGGUCGCAACAACGGAAAGAAGCUCAUGGCUGUCCGCAUUGUUGCCCACGCCUUCGAGAUCGUACGUUCGACCAAAGAAAAAUGAAGUUUGGAACAAAACCUAAUAAUUGAAAUUACAGAUCCACAUCAUGACCGACCAAAACCCAAUCCAAGUUGCCGUUGAUGCUAUCGUCAACUGCGGUCCCCGCGAAGAUUCCACCCGUAUCGGAUCCGCCGGUACCGUCCGUCGUCAAGCCGUCGAUGUCUCCCCUCUCCGCCGUGUCAACCAAGCUAUUGCUCUCCUUACCAUCGGUGCCCGUGAAGCUUCAUUCAGAAACGUCAAGUCCAUUGCUGAGUGCUUGGCUGAAGAAUUGAUCAACGCUGCCAAGGGAAGCAGCAACUCCUACGCCAUCAAGAAGAAGGAUGAGUUGGAGCGUGUCGCCAAGAGCAAUCGUUAAAUGGUCAUAUUUGGGGAUUUUCUGUGGGGUGUUUCGAUUUGCAUUAUGGAUGGAUGGGCGAUUGGCUGCAUUCCUGUCAUAUAAACGACUUUUAUGAAUGCAAAAAGUCAGGACACAACCGGAAUAAUGGAUAUAUGCAUUCAGUGAUUUUGUGCCAUCGGUUCAAGUGUACAAAUUUGUAUGGGACUAUUGGCUUGAGAUGGUUAUAAGGCCUGAUCAUAUACCAUCUGAUGAUUCUAGAAUUUUGAUACCUCCAGAUACUAAAGCAAAUUCGAUAAACAACCCCCGC